UAUUUGCAAAGGCUUGUACAUCUAACGGGGCAGGUUUGGGCAGCUAUUCCGGAGACCGCGGCCUGCAGGGACCUGACCCGUCGUGACCCGCUUGAAGACAAUCCUGCUAUGCUCUGGGACAUGACGGAAUAGAACAACCUGUUUGUCAUCUCUAAUUUACGUAUAUAGAUAUAUGAAAAAUACAUAAUGCUAUAAAUUUAGAAUAAUAAUUAGAACAUUAAAAAUAUAUUUUAGCUCCAAAUACUGAAAAUUUAAAAUCUCAGUACUGUAUUUUUAGAAGAAUGUGAUUCAGUGAUAAUUUAGUAAUAUUAAUCAAAAUCACUAAAAAUAUUUAUUUUACAUGAUUUUGAUGAAACAAUUAACAAAAUCAUGAACUGCAAAUCAUAAGAUCUAUUUUUGAACACUUUAUAAUCAUUACAUUAUAUUAUCAAUCACCUCGUUUAAUUUUGAUGCAAAUUAAUUAUCAGUUGCGAAAUUUUUAUAAAAUUGAUGCAAAAUAAAUGAUGAGUAUUUACUAUUUAGUAAUAACAAAUGUCAAUGGAAUUAUAUAUGUAAUUAUCAUAUUAACUUUUCCAACACAUAAUAUUCAUCUUCUACAACCUCUUCUUAUUUCUCUCAUUAUAAUUUCACUUUUUAUCACAUUUUAACAUGCAUUGUUAAUGUCGUCAUAAUUUUCUUACAUAAUUUUUUUCCAAAAAGAAUCUCUCUCUCUAAAUAUCAAGCCAAACCAUACCAUCAAUAAACCAAAACCCACCUUAUAAUCCUUUUUCAACCAUCACAUUACCUUAUUUACUAUAUAUGGUCUCUUUAAGUAAAAUUCAAAACAUUUUAUGAUUGCAAUGUUCUCACAUGUUUGGUUGAAUAUAAUUCAUCCAAUCUUCAUAGCUUAUAUAUUGAAUAUUUUCCAGUGUACAUUGCAAUAAUCAUGCAUUUAUAUUGAUACGUAAUUAUUAUUAAUUUUUUUUUUUAAUGAAAAGCAUAACAGUUUUUUAUUGUAAAUUUAUCUUUGUUUUCCAAAAUUUUCUAGUUUUCUCUUACAACUGAUUUAUACGCUCUUACUAAUAAUUUUAAAAUUCUGAUAAAAUGAUUGUGGAAGCCAUAAUAAUAGAAUUUAACUUUUCAGAAAACUAUAUAUAUGAUUUAUAAUUUUUUCCAAAACUUUAUAAUGAUUUAUAAAGCAUGUAUAAAUUAUAUAAGACAUUAAUAGUUAUUGUAUACUUAUACGAAUAUAAUUCUUUGUGUAAAAUAUUAAAUUAUUAUAGUGAUUUUUAUAUAAAAAUUUCGUUCAUUAUAUUAUGUAAUUUAUAACUAUAAAGAAUUAAUCAAAAAUUAUUACUCUUUCUAUAAUUCCAACAAUUAGUUACAAUAAAUCAUUACUUAUAAAAGUAUUUAGAUUAUUUGGCAACUGAUAUUAAUUAUUUCUAGUUUUAGUUUUAUUUUAUGUAGUUAAAACAAAAUAAAAUUAAAAAUCAUCGACCAAAAAAAUUAUAAUAAUCUUCUUAACAUUUCACCAAUGAUCGACAUGUAUGCAAAAGUCACUUAAGUAACUUCUAGUUCAAUAUUUAAUUUCUAUUUUUAUUUUACAAAUAAUUUAUAAACUAUUAUAAAUAAAUUAAAUUUACAAUAAAAUGAUUUUGUAAACCAUGAUAAAUAAGGUUAUAAAGGUUUUUAAAUCUUUAUAAAUGAUUUAUAGAACAUAUAUAACAUUAUAAAACAUUAAUAAUAAUUAUAAUACUUUAUCUAUGAAAAAUAAUAUAAUUAUAUUUUUUCAUCGAAUAUAAUUCUCUAUAUAAGAAUAUAAAACUAUUUAUGUCAAUUUCCAUAAAUUAUUUUCUAUUCAUUAUCUUAUAUAGUUUAUAAAAAUAAAAAUAAUCAAUUGAACAUUAUUGAUUUUUCUAUAAUUUUGACAUUUAGUAACCAUAAUUUAUUGUUUGUAAUAUUAUUUUGGUUGUUAAAUGAUAUUAACUGGUUGUAGACUUAUUUUUUAUUUUAGAUCUAAUUAAAAUUCAAAAGUCAACAACCAAUUAAAUGAUAACAAUUUUCAGGACUUACUAAUGAUUGACAUGUAAGUAAAAUAAUUUAGUUGACUGAAACAUAGUACUCCUCCGUUCUUUAAUGAUAGAUUUUUUUAAAAAAAAAAUUGUUUCAAAAAGAUGUAUUUUUGUGUUUUCUAUGAAAAAAUUGUAAAUUUCGAGAAAAUUAAUUGACUUUAUUCAAUUACUAUUGGUUAAAAGUUAUUGAAAAUUACAGAAAAUGAUACAUUUAUUAUGGUAGUUUAAUGUGGUUUCUUAAUAUGUGUGAAAAUACUAAAAAAUAUAUCUUUGUGGAACAGAGGGAGUAGGAUACUAUCUCGAGAAUUUAUCUGUAAAGCUUGAAUUAUUUUCAAGAUUAGUGUAUUUUCUAAUUAGAAAAUGAUAAUAUGAUGUUUUUAUUAGAUACUCUUUAAUCUUUUAUUUUUGUUUCAAAUGACUAGCCUCUAUCAUUUUGCCGACUUGUGACGUGUCGAGCCUCCUGUCCUUGUGGUUAGGUUCAUCUAAUUAAUAAUUAUGAAUAAUUUCAUAAUAAUUGUAUUUGAUCGGGUUAAAUUAUGAACAAAAUACGAAAAAAAUAAAUUUAUUAAUUCUGUAACGAAUACGGAUUCUCCCACACCGACAAUGCUUCAAUGUUGUCGGCUUAUACUAUUUAAAAUCGCCGCUAGAAAAUUGAACUCGAGUUAGAAAUCAAAAACUAUCUACAGAUCUUAUAUAAAUUUUGGAAUGUAAAAGAAAAAACAGUUGGUUUUAAAGUUUAUCAGGAAUAUUUAUUUUGGUUAGACAUAGUAGUUAAUCUUUUUCAUAAUAUAACUGUUUGCUAAUAGAAUCUAGAAAACUUUUCUUUCUUAAUGAAAAAAGAAGAAGAAGAUAUGCCAUUUCUGACUAAACAUCACUUUAAGAAAACAAAUACUUGUAAUCGUUUUCUUUGACUGCAACGGAAGCUAAUUAUUAUUUUAUGCUAUCAAUUAACUUAGUGGUUAUUAAAAUGUAAUGCACCAGUUUAUUGAGCCAACUUGGGUCUAUGGGUUUCAUAAACAACAAUAAUUAGUUGGAUCUAAUGACGAUGACUCCCUCUAAUAUGAUUUUUAGUCGUGCUUGGUUAAGCUGUUUUCUUUAGCACUGCUUCCUUCCUUCCAACACAAUCAUUCAAAUUAUUUUGUUGUGGAAAGUUUAAUCAACUUGGAGAAGUGUAACAAUAGUAUAAAGCACCAUUUAACAAUAAUUUAUGUGUGAAGUAUUGAUUUCCUACAUCAGCCAUUAUGUUUUCAGUGAUUUUUGAACUGAACUCGCAUCCAAACUAAUUACUUAUCUAUGUUAGUAUGUUCAAAAAUGUAAUGCAUGAUUGGUUAUAUAUAUAAAUAAAACAAUAGCUUUGUCUUCAGAUAUUUAUAAAUUAUAAAUUAAAAUUAAAACUAUAACUAAAAAGGAUUGUUAAAAAUAAAUAAAUUAAAAUUAUAACUUUUAAGAUAUUAAAAUUUAUAUUAAAAUGAUUACAACUCAAGAAUCUCAAGAUCAUCCUUACUUUAAAGUUUCAUCCAUAGCCAGAGAAGUGUCAUCCAUAGUUUAUCGCUUCUCUCCAUGGUUAAAAAAAAAUCUAAUUAGCCACAAUUAGUAGUAGCUUUAAUGAUUAAAGUGAUUGUUUAAGGGAUCUGGCAUAUACUUUUAAGAUGAGUUUUAUGAAUAAUAAUUAUCCUUUUAAAAUUUCGUUAACUAUAUUACAAACGCGGUUAAACACACAAUUUCUUUCGACCUGUCACGUAUUUAUAUAAGAAUCAUCUAGGAUACAUAGUACUCCCUCCGUUUUUUAAUAUAAGUCGUUUUAAAGCUAUGCACGUAGAUUAAGAAAACCAUUAAUUUCUUAUAUUUUCUAAACAAAAACAUCAUUAAUUAUUUACCUAACCACAAUUCAACCAAUAGAAAAAUAUAAGAUAUAUUAUCAUUGGUCAUACAACAUUAAUUAUUAAUAAAUUUUACAUAGAAAACCGAAAACGACAUAUAAUUUGGAACAAAAAAGUUUCUCUAAAACGACUUAUAAUAAAAAACGGAGGGAGUAAUAUACUUACACCCACUGUCGUGGAAUUAACUAUGACACGUUUUAGUGUUAGUUCAUGUUUACCCAUACCCGUCGACUUUUAUGGAUUUGGUUUGGCUCUCAUAUCAAAACAAAAUAAGAAAGAAACUUGGUCAAACCAUGCAUUUCAUACACUAUGUAUUUGGGUAAACAUUCAUGCACCAUUUGAAAUUCCCACUCUAGUAGUCUAGUGGGUGGGGAUCUUCAUCAUAUCUCUCCCAUAACCUCUCCAUAUAUGAUGAAUAAAUUUCUUGAGACCUACACAAUAUUAUUAUUUAAUUCGACAAUAGUAAUAUAGCACUUCGUAAAACCAUAUUUUAAAACUUUUUAUCAAAAUCGGUAAAUCAGGUGGAAAUGCAAAAUAAACAUACCAAUGAACUUCUAUUAUUAUUUUUUCACUCAUACCAAUGAUCUAAACUUCCAAACUACCGGACAUACAUUUUAGCGGUUUAAAGGCUUGUUUACGUGCCCCCGUAACUGUUUGGGCCCAAAAGCCCAAAUAAAACGGGCCAACUGGAUAUAUAUUUUAAUAAUUGUUUUGUAUCUCGAUUUAAUCUUCGCCGACGAAGGUUGUUGAAUCGCCGGUAUCGGAGAUGAUAAGCUCAACGUUGUUUAGGAGCAGAUGUUUACUUCUCCGAUCGUUUUCCGUUCAAAUCGGGAAACCUCCCGACGCAUCAGCCGAAAUAGCGGGAAUCCUCAAUACGGCGAACUGGCGCGACGCCUUGGUGUCUUCGAAUCUCGCGGCGGAGAUAAACCCAGACGUCGUUCUCUCCGUUCUGCGAUCAAAACGCGUCGAUGAUCCCGCUAAGCUUCUGAGCUUCUUCAAUUGGGUGGAUUCUCAGAAGGUUACGGAGCAGAAACUUGAUUCGUUUUCGUUUCUCGCUUUAGGUUUGUGUAGCUUCGGUAGUUUAGGGCAAGCUCGUAGUGUUGUAAUCAGGAUGAUUGAGAGGAAGUGGCCUGUAUCUGAGGUUUUGAGCUCGGUUGCGAGAUGUUCGCGAGAGUUGAGUGAUGGCGGCGGAGUUGUGUAUGGGAUCUUGAUUGAUGUGUAUAUUGAUAAAGGGUUUUUAGACGAAGCUGCUUUUGUGAUUACAAACACUAAGGAUUUGGUUCUUGAUUCGUCAAGAUGUAACGUUUUGUUGGAUGCGUUUUUGAAGAGGAAUCGUCUUGAUUUGUUUUGGGAUGUGUAUAAUGAGAUGGCUGAGAGAAGUCUAGUGUUUGAUGUGCACAGUUAUGAAAAGUUGAUUGUUGCACAUUGCAGAGGUGGGAAUGUUCAGCUGGCAAAAGAUGUUCUUCUUAAAGCCGAAGAAAAGUUUGGGAUGGUGAGUGUGGCUGUGUAUGGCUUGGUCAACGAAGCGUUGUGUAAAAAGGGAGAUGUGGAUGAAGCUCUUGAGCUAAAGAAGAGGAUGAUUAUCAAAGGAUUGGUGCCAUCGAAGCAGUCAUUUAAUAUACUUGUAGGUGGGAUGUGUAAGCGGAAGAGACUAGAUGAUGCUAAAGCGUUGGUGGUAGAGAUGAAUAGUUUUGGUGUGUUUCCUGAUAAUAUCACUUGCAGUAUACUGAUCGAGGGUUUACUGAAGGGGAGGGAUGCAGACGCUGCAAAUGGACUAGUCCAUGAGAUGGUUUCUCUUGGGAUGAACAUUGAUCCUAAGAUGUAUGAUUCUUAUAUUUGUGUGAUGUCAAAAGAAGGGGCGAUGGAGAAGGCAAAAGCUCUCUUUGAUGGGAUGAUCGCGUCCGGAGUGACACCAGGUGCUCGAGCUUUUGCUAGUUUGGUCGAGGGAUACGUUCAAGGAAAGAAUGCACUUAAGGGUUAUGAGUUACUUGUUGAAAUGAAAAGGAGGAACAUUGUCAUAUCUCCAUAUAUUUAUGGUAUAACGGUUAAGUGCAUGUGUUCUUCUGGGGAUAUCGAUGGAGCUUAUAAGAUUGUGAAGGAGAUGGGUGCAAGCGGCUGUAGACCCAAUGUGGUUAUAUUCACAACAUUGAUCAAAACCUUUCUCCAAAAAGGUAGGUUUGGAGAUGCGGUGAGGGUGCUGAAAGAAAUGAAGGAACAAGGGAUUGCACCAGACACAUUCUGCUACAAUUCCCUUAUAAUUGGUCUUUCAAAGGCCAAAAGGAUGGACGAAGCAAGGUCUUAUCUGGUUGAAAUGGUUGAAAACGGAUUAAAGCCUGAUGCUUUCACCUACGGGGCUUUUAUCAGUGGAUAUAUAGAAGCAGGGGAAUUUGCAUCCGCAGAGAAAUAUUUUAAAGAGAUGGUGGAAUGUGGUGUGGUUCCAAAUAAGGUCUUGUGCACGGGUCUGAUCAAUGAGUAUUGCAAAAAGGGAAAAGUAAUUGAGGCGUGUUCGGCAUUCAGAUCCAUGGUUGAACAAGGGAUUCCAGGGGAUGCUAAGACAUACACUGUUCUUAUGAAUGGUCUCGUUAAAAAUGGUAAAGUAGACGGUGCGGAGGAGAUAUUCCAGGAAAUGCGUGGAAAGGGUAUAGCACCUGAUGUAUUCUCUUACGGUACACUCAUUGAUGGGUUUUCUAAGUUGGGAAAUAUGGAAACGGCUUCUCGUAUUUUUGAUGAGAUGGUUCAAGAAGGUGUGACUCCUAAUGUCAUCAUAUACAACAUGUUGCUUGGUGGCUUUUGCAGGUCUGGUGACAUCGAAAGAGCUAAAGAAAUUUUCAACGGAAUGUCAGGAAAAGGUUUCCCCCCUAAUGCAGUGACGUACUGUACAAUCAUAGAUGGUUGUUGCAAAUAUGGGGAUCUAGAAGAGGCUUUUCGGUUAUUUGACGAGAUGAAAUUAAAGGGAUUAGCUCCUGACAGUUUUGUGUACACGACACUUGUGGAUGGGUGUUGCAGAUGGAACGAUUUGGAAAGAGCUAUAGCCAUCUUCGAGACAGAAGAGAUGAGUUGUGGUUCUUCUACCGCCCCCUUCAAUGCUUUGAUCAACUGGGUUUUGAAGUUCGGAAAAACAGAAUUAAAAACAAAACUGAUAAAUAUGGUGAUGGACGGGUCGCUUGAUAAGCAUGGCAAGCCCAAUGACGUAACUUACAACAUCAUGAUAGAUUAUUUAUGCAGGGAAGGAAAUUUGGAAGCUGGAAAGGAGCUAUUGCAGGACAUGCACAAGGCAAACCUGAUGCCUAGUGUUGUAACUUACACAUCUCUUCUAAACGGGUGUGAUAAAAUGGGUAGGAGAUUGGAAAUGUUUGCUAUAUUCGACGAGGCCAUUGCCUCAGGAAUUGAACCAGACAGCAUAAUGUACAGUGUCAUCAUUACUGCUUUCCUGAAAGAAGGGAUGAAGACAAAAGCACUAGCGUUCGUGGAUGAAAUGUUUGCCAAGAACGCUGCUGUGGACGGGUGUAAGCUAAGUAUAUCGACAUGCCGGGCUCUACUCUCUGGUUUUGCUAAAGUGGGAGGAAUGGAGGCAGCUGAGAAGGUUAUGGAGAACAUGAUACGUCUCAAAUAUAUUUCCGAUUCUUCGAGUCUCGUUGAGUUGAUUAAUGAGGGUAUUUCUUCAAACGAGAGGAUGGAAGCAGAUGCAGCUCCAUAGAUUUAAGACGGGAAGCCACAAGCAGAUAACCUUCCUCCUUGUUCUUUUUAGCUAUAAACAAGACGGCGGGCUUUAGGCAAAUUUCUUGACCGACUUGAAAUUGCCCGAAGACGAAUCUAGUCGGUCUCCAUCUUCUGAAUGUCAAACUUUUGUUUUAUGUGACCGAAUACAGGUCUUACCUAAACCUAAGCAAGGUGGUUGGGAAUGAUAUGCCAUUGUUUAUUUGUCAAGUUACCGUUGAGAACUUGCGGUUGCUGUUCCUGUUCCUGGAAGAGCUUGUAUGUCUGCCCAGUAACUCUUCACUUACUGAUUUGCCUUCACCUUGUCAUCAUGAUGGCACUCUGAAGUUGAUGAUGAAUAAGAGACGCAUGGGAGCUGUUUUCAAACUGCAAAUUUUCCGACUUCUUUGAGCAGAGGAUCAUAUUUUGCGUCACUAAAUCUGCAUUUCAGGUUUUUUUUUAUAGAAGAUGUACUGAAUGUUACAUUGAAAUCGUUAACAUUGCAAAUACAGUUUUUUUGGGUUUAAGAAUUGAUGGACAAAGAACGUGCUAUAAACACAGGAUCUGAUCCAAAUUCCAAACAGAUGAAAUCAAAUGAAAAUAAAAAUCGGAUUGGUC